AUCACCUGUCACUCAGGAUUCAGCCAGUCUGCUCGGCAUUUGAAAUUUCAGAGUCUGUUUCAGAAAUGGCUCAGAUUGUGAUUGUGCUGCUUGCACUAUCAGUGCUUGGUUUUAUACCAUCUCGCGCUGGAGAGUGUGAGUGGGACAUGAGGCUGUGUAAAACCGAACCUGUUUCCACUGGAAUGUGCAGUCUCGGAACUGGUGGCAUGGAUGUGCAAGAUCUGGACCCUAUGGAAAUGCAAAAAAAUAUGGGAUUUCCAUAUUACCUGAAGCUAGACCUGCUGUGUGGCUUUAAGGAGUUUUCAAGCAGAGCCAUGCUGGAGGACUCAAUGACUGGGUUGACUCCAAAAGCGGUUGUUAUGUUCCAAGAACUCACACACCCCACUCACUUCAAACCGCAGAGACUUGAGGUGGAGCUGUCAGUUGUUUCACUAUCGGACAAUGCUACCUGUGGAAGUGAGAUGUGCGAGUUUAGCUGGUACGCCCCAAUGCCCAUCAUCAGUGGGUCAGUGGUGCAACGGGUUAAGGUAAAAUCCAUUGAAAUGAGUUCUCAGCAACUGCAUGAGAAAAGUUUUGCCCUAAAUGUAAACGGCUACAUGGUCACUACAGAGAAGGGAGAGACUGAAGCAUCCUUUGGCACUGAGAUACGAGCUUUAGAAGACGUGCUGAGAGUUGGUAGUCCUUCCCGUCCACUCUGGUCUGUAGUGGACCAUGCUCCUGUUCUCUUGUUGCCAGGAAUAGCAAACUUGACAGCUGUUCUCAUGACUGCUACUGAGUUCCAGCAUACAUCCCUCAUAGAGGUGAGUCUAAAGAGCUCAUCAGGCUCUUGGGAGUGUCUACAGGUGGAGUCUUCUAUGAUUCAAGAAACUUUAUCUACAGAGAGCUCACUAUUUGUCAUACACAAUCAAGAACUUUACCGUUUCCUAGGAAACUAUUCUCUUCUUCCCCUCAGAGUGCCACCAUCAGAUGCAUGGGUAAAGGUAUUAAGUGCAGUCUGUGUGUCUGGUUUGGUACCAGUGAGUAUUCCUCAUCAUGGUAGAGAGUACUUCUAUGUUCUUGGGGGAGGCUUGCAGAGUGGAACCCUGUACCGUGCAGAGGUUUACGAAGGUGAUGUUACAUUUACAGAGUUGUUGGAUUCUGUUGGCUUCACCGCUUGCGAGAUUGUGGCAUUUUACAAAAACCUUAAAAGAAGCACUGUGAAUGACUCCAGUUGCCAGGUGCGCUCAGCGGCCCAGAAUGCCCAGACCGAUGUAACUGACAUCAUACUAGUAGAGCUGCUUCUCCAUGAAGAUCAAGAGCAUUCUUACAUACUGCUCACUUUCGAUGGUGAUUUCCAGAUGAAUGAGAUUUUACCUGGGUUCAUCCUUUAUAGUCAGAGGCAAUGGCACCAAGAGAGAAGUUCUUUGAACCUGAAAUUCAAUGGAAUGACACUUAACCCCAGCACUGGAAUUCUAUACAUCUGGGGAAACUCACUCAUCUUUUCUUAUAUUCUUACUUGGGAGGAUGAACAGAGUUUUUGGCACGACUGCGGAUUUCUUAGUGACCAGAUGAUAAAAUAUUUCACUCUUUCUUAUGAUGGAACAUUUGUCUUUGUUACUGAACAGGAGGAGCUGUGGUGGGGUCAAGAAAGAACAGAUUCUGUGUUUCGUUUGCGACCAUCUCAGGGCUGGAGUGAGUUGUCCCAUCUACAAGCUAUUUCUGGUGAUCACAGCACACUCACAGUGUUUUAUGAUGGAGAUAAAGAGUUACAAGAGGUGCUGUACACAGUUGACUUGGAUGGGAAAGGCACUGUUCUGAAGAGGAAAAUCCCAGUGGUCGAGAUUUUGUCAUUUAUUCAUCUGCCAAUCCUGUCCACAUGUCCCUUUGACCUAGAGUACAGUGUCCCUCAUAUAGAGAGCUUUAACCGAUUACAGCGGUACUCAGUCAACCCCCAACUAGUGAUGUCUUCCUCUGAAUUACACACCACACAUUCAUUGGCUCUGUACCAGGGCCUUGUCUACCACCUGCUGCAGUUGCAUGCACAAUACCUCAUGGUAAUUGGAGAUCCUAAAGAGAGCCCCAUCUCACGCAUUGUGGAUUCAUGCAGUGGUGUGCACUAUAAGGACUUUUGUUUGUACCUGUCAUAUAAUAAUGUGUCAGGUGUUACCACAGACAGCAAAGGAAACAUAACGACAAGACUUCCAGAUAGAGUUUACCUGGACAGAACAGCCUCAUUCUCAUUCUCUCUGUUUAUAAGAGCCCAUCAGCUCACUCUAGAGUCUAUCGGAGAGCGUGCAGUAAAUGACAUUAGAAUGUUUGCAACGGUUCCAAAUUCUAAAUAUCUGAGGGUGACUCUCCAGAGAUACGUGCAAUUUAACUAUGGAGGGGUCCUUUAUAAGGUGACGGUGACUGACAAAGGGAUGGUUGAAGGCAAGGUGUAUCCAGGAGAGAAACUUUUGCCUUUCAGCGUGUUGUUCAGGAUUGGCAUUUCACCAAGACAGUGUUUUCAGCAGAUUGACCGUGGGAUGGUUCUCAGUGGUCUACAGAAUUUGCCUGUCUAUAUUGGUUGCCCUCCUGGUAACCGAUUGGUGUUUGAUGCCAGUACUACUCUGCUGGAGGCUGUACGGCUCAACAGAAGGAACUUCAGCUGUUUGAAUCCAGACCCAGAUACACCCUGUUUCUACUAUAAAAACUGUAAGAACCUGCUGCCUGUCACACUUUCACUCCACGUGGACUUUUCUCAGUCAGCACUGUUUCCCUUGGUUUGUUUAUUUUAGACCUUCAUUAGUGUCAGAUGUUCACUAGUACCUCAUUUGUUUGUGUAUUUUAAGUUCCACAGUUUCAGUUCUUGUUUGUCGGGUCUCAUAUCUAUUAUGUGUUGUGGUGCUUACUUCUCU